AUGGAGUCGCAAGCAUCUGAGCAGUCUAACAUUCACGCCGCCGCCGCCGCGCCCCUCACCUCCGCAGCCUCUCCUGCUAGUCACGUGCCAGAUGGAUACUACAUCAACAAGAAGGGCAAGAUGACCAAGAAGAAUCGUCCUGCCAAAGAACGUCAGGAGUACGGACUUCCGCAAGUUCUCAUGUCGGAAGCCGAGCUCAAAGCUGUUCGACCCGGUGCACAAUUGAAGACCUUCGCCAAUCACCCUGGCAAGGCACGAAGAAUCAGAUUGAGUCUGCGGGAGGUCAACGCACUCAAUACAUACAGAGGCCAGAAUGGUGGACGGGAGGUAGACGUGGGAGCUGGGAAUGGAAAGCUUGUUGGUGCUGCACAACGAAAGAAAGCAAGCCAACAUUAUGAAAAGACCCUGGGGGAUCGAGUCGCUAAGAAGAGGAAGAUGAUGAAGCAGAAGAGAGAGAGAAAGCAGAGACAGAUGGGGAAGUGGGGCUUGGGACAACCCAGUGCAUAA